UGUUGCUGGUUACACACGGCUAAAAAGCUUGCUUGUUCGUUCGUGCCGUCUGCUUGAAUGAAUUAGGUGACCGGCUGAGGAAGCUGGUUGAUUCUUUGCAGUUUAUUUUUACAGGCAGUCAAAACGUCGUACGCAAUGAGAGGCGAUAGGGGAAGAGGCCGGGGUGGCCGGUUCGGGUCUCGGGGAGGUCUCGUUCAGGGGUAUCGUCCCUUUGUCCCUCACAUCCCAUUUGAUUUCUAUGUGUGUGAGAUGGCCUUUCCGAGGGUGAAGCCCGCACCAGACGAGACGGCCUUCAGCGAGUGCCUCCUCAAGAGGAACCAGGACCUCAGCCCCACACCUGCUGAACAGUCCUCCAUCUUGUCCCUAGUUACCAAGAUCAACAAUGUCAUCGACAACCUCAUUGUUGCCCCGGGAACCUUUGAAGUGCAAAUUGAAGAGGUGCGCCAGGUGGGAUCCUACAAGAAGGGUACCAUGACAACAGGGCAUAACGUGGCGGACCUGGUGGUCAUCUUGAAGAUCUUGCCUACAUUGGAAGCAGUAGCUGCUUUGGGCAACAAAGUGGUGGAGACACUACGCACACAGGACCCAGCUGAAGUUCUCUCCAUGCUGACCAAUGAGACGGGCUUUGAGAUCAGCUCAGCUGAUGCCACAGUGAAGAUCCUCAUUACCACGGUGCCGCCCAACCUGCGUAAACUAGACCCCGAGCUUCACCUGGACAUCAAGGUCCUCCAGAGUGCCCUGGCUGCUAUUCGUCAUGCCCGCUGGUUUGAGGAGAACGCCUCACAGUCCACUGUGAAGGUGCUGAUCCGCUUGCUGAAGGACCUGCGGGUGCGCUUCCCAGGCUUUGAGCCCCUGACUCCGUGGAUCCUGGACCUGCUGGGUCACUCUGCGGUCAUGAAUAACCCCUCUCGUCAGCCUCUGGCCCUCAACGCGGCCUACAGGCGCUGUCUCCAGAUGCUGGCUGCGGGGCUCUUCCUGCCAGGUUCCGUGGGCAUCACAGACCCCUGCGAGAGCGGCAACUUCCGCGUGCACACAGUCAUGACCCUGGAGCAGCAGGACAUGGUGUGUUUCACAGCCCAGACGUUGGUGAGAGUGUUGUCUCAUGGAGGAUACCGAAAGAUCCUGGGACUGGAGGGUGAUGCCAGCUACCUGGCCUCAGAGAUGUCCACCUGGGAUGGCGUCAUCGUCACCCCGUCGGAGAAGGCCUACGAGAAGCCCCCAGAGCGGAAGGAGGAGGAGGACGAGGCUCUGGAGGAGGGAGGGGAUGGAGAGGACGAGAGCAUGGAGACUCAGGAGUGACCCCCCCCCCCCCAGCCCCUAUAUGUGUGAUCUAUUAUUUGACCAUCGAUUUCCUUUUUUUUUUUUUUUUUUUUUUUUUUUUUUUAAAGAAGUUUUUAUUUUUUUUAGAAGUGCUAUGUGUUUUUGGACUUUUUAAUGGCCCCCACCGAGUUGGACCCAAGGGCCCCAGACAAAUGGAUGAUUAUGAUUGGUCCUUGGACUGCCCAGUCUUUUACCUACUGAAUCAGUUUUUCCUCGAAGUGGCCGCUGUCGUUUCCCUUGUGAUGUGUACAAGUAUCAACUGGUUUUUACGUUCAGAUACAUUAAACCAUUUUUUAAGUAUAAGUAU